AUGACAAACAAUGUUAUUAGUGAAUAUGAUGCAGUUGGAAUUUCAUGGAGCGAAAAAUUAAAACGGAUGGAUUCCACUCGAGCCAUUUUGGCCGAAGCAUUGGUUAAUAAAGUUAUGACCCAAGGAUUAUUAAAAAAGUUGACAUGUACUACAACCCUGUCGGAUACAGAGGAGACACGAAAUACUUCAAUUUCAUCCUGCAGUCGAUACACGGUAUUAUCAAAUUCUUCUGGUCAGCAAUGGCAGUUUACAUCACCAUCAGACCAGGACUGUAAUCAACAGAGGCAGGUUUUAUCACCUUCGGAGCAAGAAUCUGAUCAACAGUGGCAGGUUACAUCACCACCAGUGACAGAACAAGCAAUCGAGACCUCUUCAACAAAUAUAGUGGAUUUUUAUAAUACUGCUGCAGAUAAUAUAGAUGGGUAA